CCGUCCCCGCGCUCUGCGGCCGGCUCGGGCUGAAAAAGUUUCUCCAUGGUUCCUUUGUGUCGCCCGAGCGCCGGAUCGCCGGCCCCGAACCGCGCCAGCCUUCCCGGCAGGAGGAGGUGGCGGAGCUGCUAGUGGGCAGCCGGCGCGCCCCUGCACGAGCUCCGAGCUAAGGGCUAGCCCCGCACCCCACCGGCUCGCCAUGAUCGCCACCGGCGGCCUACUGAGGAUUUCCGCCCGAAAGCAGGAUCCCCUCCGCCCCCCCAGCCAGGUUCCCAAGCGCAAGCGGAAAGUCAAGAAGAGGCGCAAGAACGACGUGGUGGUGGUGAAAGGCAAGCUGAAGCUGUGCUCCAUCUCUGGGCUCAUCGCCCUCUGCGGGAUCCUGGUGCUGCUGGUGGGCAUAGCCAUGGCGGUGGUGGGCUACUGGCCCAAGGCCAGCGGGGCCAACAGGGAGGGGGCUAAGCAGCUGCCGCCCUCGAGCAGCGGCCACCGCGUCCCCACCACGGCCAACAGCAGCAGCAGUGGCAGCAAAAACCGGUCCAAGGGCCACCUGGGGACUGCGGGGGGAGUCAACUCCAGCGCCCCACUUGGAUACAAGUUCUGCACUUGCACACAGCCAAGGCUAUCAUUGCAAGAGGUUAAAAUGGUGAUUCUAAAAGAAAAUCUAGCCAAAGAUGUGGCCAUGUUGGUCCCCAUGGGUGAAGCAGUGGAUCCAGUGGAAAGAGUGGAGAUGCAAGAGUGA